AUGCGGCUACUCAAUGUCAAAACUCUGAAGCUCGAAUGGUUUCAUAAUGCGGACGUUGCACCUAGCUAUGCCAUCUUAUCUCAUAGAUGGGAGGAUGACGAGGUGUUGUUCGAGGACCCUGAAUCGGUGGUCCACGUUCAUCCAUCUCAAGCAAUUAAGCCAAACGGGUGGUCAAAAGUAUUAGGCUGUUGUAAAAUUGCAGAACAAUUCGGCAUUUCCUACGUUUGGAUCGAUACUUGUUGCAUCGACACGAGCAGCAGCUCCGAAUUAUCUGAAUCGCUCAAUUCAAUGUUUGCUUGGUAUCAAUGUGCCACUUUGUGUAUUGCCUAUCUUUCAGAUGUCACUCAAAUUUGGGGGAACGAUUCAGAGGAUCCAACUGCUGGACACCCGCGGCAUUCGGCUUGGUUCAGGCGGGGAUGGACUCUACAAGAAUUGCUAGCGCCGAAUGACGUUUUGUUCUACCAGGGCGACUGGAGCUUUCUCGGAAUCCGAUCAGAGUUAGCAGAUGAAUUACAUAAGAUUACUGGCAUUGAAAAGACUAUACUCCAAAGGAAUGGCCUAGAGAAAUUACACUCUUUGAGUGUUGCAGCAAGGAUAUCAUGGGCGGCGGAUCGAGAGACUACGAGACCAGAGGACCGAGCAUACUCGCUUCUAGGUAUAUUCGGUGUCAACAUGCCCAUCCUCUACGGCGAAGGCGAACAGAACGCUUUCUUUCGACUACAGGUAAUGAUUUUCCAGACGUUUUCUGACCACAGCAUCUUUGCCUGGAAAGCAUUAUUUCUGCCCUGGGACACACAGUUAGUCGCCUCCGCACUUUUGAGGUGCUAG